AUGAAGCUGGAAGAUUUGAAUUUUCGGAAGAUUACCAUUAUUUGUGCCGCCACUCUAGUUGGGGGACUAACAUUUAGUUUUGGAAUAUUUCCAGCGUUGCUGAAGUUCAUGUUGAAACAGAAUGUAAUGCUCAAGCCAGGCACCCAGAUGCGUGGAAUGUUCGAAAAGAUACCGUUCCCGUUGGACUUCAAAAUCCACAUCUUCAACGUGACCAACCCGGACGAAAUAAUGCGUGGUGGUAAACCACGCGUCAAGGACAUCGGUCCGUUCUAUUUCGAGGAGUGGAAGGAGAAGUACGACACGGUCGAUGACGUGGAGGAGGAUACGUUGACUUUCACGCUGAAGAAUACCUUUAUUUUUCGGCCUGAUAUUUCGGCGCCACUAACAGGCAACGAGAUGAUAACGGUACCGAACCUGCUGCUGCUGGGCGCACUGCUGACGGUUCAAAGAGAUCGCGAAGCCAUGAUGCCGCUGGUUUCCAAAGGAGCGAGCAUAAUAUUUGCGCCGAUGAACGGUUUUCAAACGUUGCGGGCAAUGGAUUUCCUGUUCGAUGGGUUUCCGGUCGACUGUAGCAGUCAGGACUUUGCGUCGAAGGCGCUUUGCUCCGGGCUGGAGUCCGAAGGACUGAUGGCUCCGCUGAAUGAAACGCAUUUCCGGUUUUCGAUGUUUGGAAUGAGAAACGGUACGGACGCUGGUCGGUGGGUCGUCUCUCGAGGAGUUAAAAACAUUCGAGAUUUGGGAAAGGUUCUGAGUUUCAACGAUGAGACUGAAAUGGAGAUUUACGAUGGUGAUUCGUGCAAUCAGUACAUUGGUACUGAUUCGACCAUUUUUCCUCCAUUUUUGACAAAGAAGGAUAAAUUGUGGGCUUGGUCACCAGAUAUCUGUCGAUCGAUGGGAGCUCAUUACAUUGGCAAGUCCAAGUUUGACGGAAUGCCAAUGAGUUUGUUCAAGCUGGAUUUUGGAGACUUAAAGAAUGAACCGGAAAACCAUUGUUUCUGCCGUGAUCCUCCGGAUGAUUGUCCCCCGAAAGGAACUAUGGAUCUGGGUCCCUGUUUGGGAGCACCUAUUAUUGGUUCCAAGCCACAUUUCAUUGACGGAGACCCGAAAUUACUACAGGAUGUUGACGGACUUGAACCGAACGAUCAAGAACAUAACCUUUACAUUCACUACGAAUUGAUGUCGGGAACCCCGGUAUCGGGAACGAAACGACUUCAGUUUAGUCUACAAUUGGAACCCAUCAGAGAUCACGAAGUUCUCGGUCAACUACCGGAGGUCAUACUUCCCAUGUUCUGGGUAGAGGAAGGUGUCACGCUAAAUAAAACCUGGACCAAUCAGUUGAAAUACCAAUUGUUUCUGGGACUAAAAUUCAACGCAGCCGUAAAAUGGAUUACGAUCAUUAUUGGAACGAUCGGUUCGAUUGGCGGUGGUUAUAUGUACUACAAGGGAACAACGUCACAAACGGUGAAUGUCACUCCGGUGACGGUUGGAAGCGCUAACGGGGAUGCCCGGCCGAAUGGCAGUGCAGGUACAGGGGGUGGUGAUACGACAAAGGAUCUGGUCAGUAUUAAUAACAGUCGCAAUCUGCCACCCGUAAUCGAUGGGUUGAAUAGGCCCCCGAAAGUGAUACCCACUGAGAUGCAGCAGGAAAGGUAUUAA